UCCUGGCUGAUAACAUUGUUGUUAAUUUAUCUUGUUUGUUUAAUUCAAUUGGAUUAGAUAAAUAAAACAUCAGUGAUAGCCGUAAGAAGGAUUAUGGAAUCUAAUAACACUUACUUGCUUUUUUGUGCAAGUGCAUUCAUUUGGUCUAUGGUUUGAACUUUUUUUUUGAUAAACUUAUUUUUAAGUUCAAUAUUUGUAAAGAUAAUUCAGUGAGAUGGCUGUUACUAGUUUAGAAGAAGAUAUUGCUUGUCUUAAGGGUUAUAUUAAAUCAUAUCCAGAUUUUCCUAUUCCUGGAAUUGUAUAUAAAGAUAUAUUUUCGGUAUUAAAUAAUUGUGAUGGGUUUCAACUAUUAAAUAAAAUUUUAAAGAAAUAUGCACUUGAUUUAAAAGGAACUAUAGACUGUGUUGCCAUGUUGGAAGCUCGUGGCUUUCUAUUAGGUACUUUAAUGGCCUUAUAUCUUAAUGUUCCUUGUGUUCCAGUUAGAAAGAAAGGAAAGCUACCUGGUCGAGUAGCACAAUUAGAAUACAUUUUAGAAUAUGGAAAGGAUGUGCUAGAAGUACAAUUAGAUGCGAUAAAAGAAGGUCAAAGAACUUUAAUUAUUGAUGAUUUAUUGGCUACUGGUGGAACUCUUCGAGCAUCUAUCGAACUACUGAAAAAAACUGGAGCUAAAGUAGUUCAAGCUCUUGUUAUUAUGGAGUUAUGUGAUUUAGAAGGCCGUAAAAAAUUAGACAUUCCAGUGAAGUCAUUCGUUCAAUUUUAAAUUGUGAUUAAUUUCAAACAUUUUUUUAAAUUAUAUAUUAUUAUGUUUUUAUUUAAAGUAUUAUAUGUAUUAUAUAAAAUUACUUUUAUUUAUACCAUCUAAUAAAAUAGAAUCAUUAGUUACUUAUAAUUUAUCUAAUGAUCAAUAGUUUGUAUUUGA